CGGUGAUGGAACAUGCCUAUUCGAGAAGUGGUACCAGCACUCGGGAUUUUAUGGGAACAAGACCGUCCGCAGCAUAUCAGCAGUCUUCCAUGUUCUCCGGUGCCAGAAUGAGGGUGUUCGCACCUGUUCAGAGUAAAAACAUCCGUCGGCUCCACUCUUGAUGAAUCUGAUCCCUUGGCUUCGGUUCUGCGCCUCCUUAACAUCCGGAAUGCUCGUGGGAUCCUUUCGCCUUUAAAAACAACGCCCGUUCUCGAUCCCUCGCAUUUUUCUCCCAUAUAAUUCCAUCUCCUCUCCUCUGCCGUGCCUUUUUUUUUUCUUACUUUUCCCGGCCGCGUUUAGACUGUACAUCUUUCUUUAUCUAAUCUGAUCUGUAAAUCGCCCCUCAUGCCCUCCAACGAAGCCUUCACCGCCACCCCCCGCACCGUCCGCGUCCUCAUCGUCGGCGGUUCGUAUGGGGGAUUGAGUUCCGCCCUGUCCCUUCUUGACCUCUGCGGUGGUCGUCUGGCUCGCUUCAACUUUAAUGCCGACUCUCAGCCCCCUGAGAGCCAGAUCCCCGUUCAGAUUACCGUCGUGGACGAAAGAGAUGGCUUUUACCACUUGAUUGGAUCUCCCAAGGCCCUGGCGUGUGACCAGUUUGCCUCGCAGACCUGGAUCCGAUUCCAAGAUAUCCCCGCCUUGCAGUCGCCGAACGUUCGCUUCCUCCGAGGCACCGUUAACUCUGUGAACUGCGAGGAGAAGUCCGCGCAGAUCCUCGACCUGGACACCAAGCAGUCUUGCGAAGAGAGCUAUGACUUCUUGAUUGCUAGCUCUGGUCUCCGUCGCGUGUUCCCUACUGUCCCGCAAUCACUGCUCCGACACCAGUUCCUGGAGGAGGCAAAGCGCCACAAGGAGGACAUUCAGAAGGCCCAGGAUGGAGUGGUGAUCAUCGGAGGAGGUGCCGUUGGCGUUGAGAUGGCCGCAGAGCUCAAGGUGCUGGACCCCAAGCAGAAGGUGACUCUGGUUCAUUCGCGCGAGCGCUUGCUCUCCGCAGAGCCCCUGCCCGAUGAUUUCAAGGAGCGCGUGGCUUCCGUUCUCCGCGAAACCGGUGUGGAGGUUAUCCUAGGCCGACGAGUGAUUGAGACCACUGCCGUCGAAACGGAGGGUGAGAAGCGCACGUGGCAACUUACGCUGUCGAACGGCACGCAACUCAAGACUGGUCACGUCAUGAACGCUGUGUCGAAAUGCAUCCCUACCUCGUCCUAUCUGCCGAAAGACGCUCUGACGCAAGAUGGUUACGUGGAUAUCCAGCCGACGCUGCAAUUCCCGGAACGCGCCCCUAACGCCGAGAGCCACUUUGCCAUCGGCGACAUUGCCCUGUGGGCUGGUAUUAAGCGCUGCGGCGGUGCCAUGCACAUGGGUCACUAUGCGGCCACCAACAUCCACCAGCUCAUGAUGGCCCAGCGUUCGGGUGUCAAGCCUGAGUUCAUGACUCUGCAGCAGACGCCACCUGUUAUUGGUCUUGCGCUUGGCCACACUGCCGUCACAUAUACCCCGGUUGAGGGAACGCGGCAUGGUGAGGACCUGAUGGCCUCCAUGUUUGGCGAAGACAUGGGCCAUACUAUUUGCUGGAACUACAUGAAAUUGUCCGAGCCAUGCCAAUGUUAAAUGAUACCAGCGUCGCAUAUUUGAUACUGUUGUUUUGACGCCGAAGGCAUAUGCCGCUGGACGCGGCCUUCCUUUCUUUUUCUUUGUUUGGGUUUCCUUUGAAGAAACUCAUAUGCUUCGGGAUAUGAUGCUCAACUAAAGCAUUUGUUUGAAGCAGAUUUUGCAUACCAGCAUAUUUUAUUUUUGGAUUAGGGCUUAUUUAUCUGGUUAUUGGCGUUGAGCAUUCUUUUGAGCUUGGGUGGUAGUGUCUAAUUUUAGCACGCCUGAUUUUGAAUUU